CACGCUCAUGCGGUGGAUAAGGACGCUCAUCGCAAAGAUCACAGGCCGACCGCCUCCAGCCGACGCUAUGGCACUCACACCAGCCUCGUUUGCGAGAUUCGAGGGCCGACACGUAGAAGGACCACCCGGUUCUGCGCCCGCCAAGCCGAGCCGAAAACCACUCAUCUUCUUCCUCCUCUUCGCCUUCGGGCUGCCAUACCUGAUGACCAAGAUGGUCCGGUCCAUGGCCGCAUCGCACGAGGAGGAGGAGCGGAGGCGACAGAUGCAGGCACAGCCUCUCGACCCGGCCAAGCUCGAGUUCUGCCGCGUGCUGUGGGACUUCUCGCCCGAGUCCCGCGGCGAUGCCGUGGUGCAGGGUGUCGACCUGGAGGUCAAGAAGGGUGACCUCGUGGCCGUGCUGAGCAAGACAGACCCGCUGGGCAACCCGAGCGACUGGUGGAGGUGUCGUGCGAGGGACGGCCGGAUGGGCUACCUGCCGUCUACGUUCCUGGAGAUCGCGAGGAAGCCGGUGGCUGCCAUCAAGGCCACCGCGUCGGUCGACAGCAGCAGGGCGAAUUCCCUGACGAGCAGCAUCACCAGCGCCGUUCACAAGGAAGCCGCCGAGCCGGAGAAGGUGCCUGUCCCGGUCGGCAAACCUGGGGAUAUCAGUGCCGAGAGCUUUCAAAAGUCUCAAUUCUACAGCUGAAGGAGAGGAUUUCCAUAAUUGUUACUAUUAUUAUUAUUUUCCUUGUCUCUUCUUCUUCUUUCUCUUGUGUCUUUUCUUUCUUUCGCAAAGAUGGGACAUGGAUGGAAUGUACUCAAAGAGGUUCUUUUGCGAUGGAUCUAAAAGCUUGGAGUUGGGUGUCUCGGGAUUCUUUUGGGGGGAUCACAGCGAAUAUAUACAUUUGACACUAUG